UUUUAAACGAGUGGGUGCAGCUGUAGUUCUUCUUUCUUCGGUAAUUUACAUUUUUACGUGUAAUUUCUCAUUGUCGCACGACCAUGGCCCAAGAAAAGGUUCCCAAGAUCAAGCUAAACAACGGCGCCGAGAUUCCCGCCUUCGGACUCGGCACCUGGAAGUCCAAGCCCGGCGAGGUGACCAAUGCCGUGAAGGAUGCCAUCGACCUGGGCUACAGACACAUCGACUGUGCCCAUGUGUACGGAAACGAGCAGGAAGUUGGCGCAGGAAUUGCUGAGAAGAUCAAGCAAGGCACCUGCAACAGGGGAGAACUUUUUGUCACCAGCAAGCUCUGGAACACAUUCCACCGUCCUGACCUGGUCUUGCCUGCGUGCAAGCAGACCCUGAAGGACUUGGGCCUGGAAUACCUGGACCUCUACCUGAUCCAUUGGCCUGUUGGAUACAAGGAGGGAGAGAACAAGUUCCCUCAGGACGACGCUGGGAACAUCCUAUUCAGUGACGUGGACUACGUCGACACCUGGCCUGAGAUGGAGAAAUUAGUCGAAAGCGGCCUUGUCAGGUCGAUUGGCCUCUCUAACUUCAACAGUGAGCAGAUCAAGCGGGUCCUUGACAUCGCUAAGAUCAAGCCAGUCGUUAACCAGAUUGAGUGCCACCCAUACUUGAACCAGAAGAAGCUGAUGCAGUUCUGCAAGGAGCACAACAUCGUUGUCACCGCUUACUCUCCGCUGGGCUCUCCUGACCGCCCGUGGGCCAAGCCAGACGACCCCCAGCUCCUGGAGGACAAGAAACUGAAGGAGAUGGCGCAACGCUUGGUAAGGAGCCCUGCGCAGGUUCUUAUUCGUUACCAGCUUCAAAGGGGCAAUGUCGUCAUCCCGAAGUCUGUGACCAAGUCUCGAAUUAAUGAAAACCUGGAUGUGUUUGACUUUGAGCUCUCAAAGGAGGACAUGGAGUAUUUGGACACCUUCGAUUGCAAUGGGCGCAUCUGUCCCAUCCUCCCAGCGAAGGCGAAUCCUCACUACCCAUUCAACAUUGAAUUCUGAAGAAUCCUCAAGGUGCAGGUGGAAGAAAAAAAAUCAAAUUGGGUGAUUGAAAUUUAUUUACUUUUGAUUGACGAUUUAAUCGUGAAAUAAAUCAAAUCUUUUUAUUGUUCGCAAAAUA